AUGGAGCUCAUCCAGACUGGUACCCACUUCCUUCCUCAAAAGGAAAAGUGGCAAAGCCUCUACGAUCCGGCCGGGAAGUUUGAUUUGUCCUCGAUUCCGGAUGAAGUCCCUGUUCCUCGAGGGUUUAUCGAUCCUCAUCCAUUCUGCAACAUGCCUGUGUGCUGUGACCCCGUGUUUCAAAACCCGCCGCCUGGACUCGUCCUUCCGGCUGUUAAUCCGCACGUGGCCGCCAACCUCCAGUCGCAUGCUCCUGGUGCUCAUCCAGCUUCGGCCUCGUCCUCCGCCUCUGAUGCGUCGACCUAUCCUCCGCUCUCCGAGUUCCUUCACCUCGACCACCAAUCCGUCCAGGGCCUGCUCUCCAAGAAAAAUCCGCCGCCAGAAGCCACCUGCUUAUAUACCGAAGAAGAUGUGAUGCGUAUCUUUGAAGGUAUCGCCCCCGAGUUUGUUUGGUUGUGUGAUGAUUUCCCUCCUAACACCUUGAAUGAGUUUGACCGCCGUGUUAUGUUCUUUGAGAACAUGCAAUGGCACUUCAAAUGCAAGAAGUCCACCUACUUGUCGACCCGUAACUUCUGA